AUGGAAAGAGUCUUGAAAUCCACUUCAUGUUCGUUCAUUAAAGAGAGUUUAUGUUUACUCAUGAUCUUGAGCAACUGGUCAUACGGGACCUUACCAAAGAGAGAUGCUACACGUUUUUUUUGUGCAGUGAAAAAGUUUGGAAACGAUAGCCAAAUGAGGUUGAUAGCUGCAGAGGUUGGUGGGUCUGCUGAAGCUGCUCCAGUAGAUGCACAGGUUGAGCUUUUUGAUGUUUUAUUAGAUGGUUGCAGAGAAGCAGUUAAAGGAGGAACUAUGGACCCUAAGGGGCCAUUGUUGGAUUUUUUUGGUGCUCCUGUGAAGGCUAAUGAUGUAUUAAGUCGAGUGGAAGAACUUCAACUCCUUGCAAAACGAGUAAACUGCUAUAAUGAUCCAAUCUCACAGUUUCAGGCUUUGAUGUACCUCAAACCUGCAACUUGGUCUAAAGCUGUUCGUAAGCUAAUUCACUACAAGGGACAACCGGAUCCAUUGAAGGGCGAUGCCCUUAAUAAGUCUGUAAGAGAAACUGCUCAAGAAGCUUUAUCAGCUAUAUUUGCUGGAGAAGACAACAGUAAACCACCACCACAAGAAGGUCUUACACAACGUAUACAAGGUUUUGGAAACACAAACUUUGACGUUCCAUCUGAUGAUAAGAAGUCGUUUCUUAGUGAUAUGGUUGGCAUUGGAAGUGCAACAAUCAAGCAAGGGUUAAAUAGCUUAUCACAAGCUCAAACUCAUAAUAAAAAUGACACAGGAACUUACAGGGGCCCUAAUCUGAGAAGAUCAUUGACUAAUGAAUCGAGUUACUCUGAUAGCAAAGAACUUUCUAGUCAGGCUGCACUUUCUUCUAGGUCAUCAACAAAUGCAUCUGGAUCUUGGAGUCAAGAUCUAAAAACAAGUGUUCUUAAUGGAGGCCUCAAAAUUGAAUGCAGUAGCUUUAAGUCAUGCUCUAGAAGCCAAACUCCAAUCUCAUAUGUGGCAGGUACCUGGAACAUUAUAGAUGAAGAAGAUGUCCCAUGUGGCCCACAUUGUUAUCUCCAGGUGGUUCGAUCUAUUGCUUCAAUGGUAGAUGAGACAUUACGCCCCCAACUAAUGACACUCCUCCCAUGCAUUUUCACCUGUGUCCGCCAUUCUCAUGUUGCUGUGAGACUAUCUGCUUCAAGAUGCAUCACAUCAAUGGCAAAGUCAAUGACAGUCAACAUCAUGGGCUCAGUAAUCGAAAACAUAAUCCCUAUGUUGGGUGACAUGGCAUCUGUGAAUGCUAGACAAGGAGUAGGGAUGCUAACGAGUCUGCUUGUUCAAGGAUUAGGCACUGAUCUUGUUCCUUAUGCAAGGCUGUUAGUUGUCCCUCUUUUAAGGUGUAUGAGUGAUUGUGAUCAUUCUGUUAGAAGAAGUGUCACACACAGCUUUGCUGCCCUUGUCCCUCUUUUACCCCUUGCACGUGGUGUCUCUGCUCCUCCUGUAUUGAGUGAAUGCCUGUUGUCUAGAAGUAGUUGA